AAGGUUAUAACAUGACCUUAAGUCAUACGUAAACUUUUCGAAACCUAAAACAUUUAGCAUCGUUUGUCAGAUUGUCUUAGUUGCACACUUGCGUCAUUUCUGAGUGUUUUGGGUUUUAUUUCUUGAUAAAUAGAGGAUAAAUUAAUAUUACCUUUCCUUACGUCGCUGUGAUUCUACUUAAGCGUCCAAAGUACUUUCACGAUAAAUGCAAAAUGGGAUACUGACUUCAUCAAACAACGAAAAGGGGUUUAAUUUGGCCUAACGAAUGUGAAGUGUCAGGUGCUAAGACCUUUUAUCGUAAAUCUGAUUGGUUCGUCCAUAAAUUAUAGUCCCACUGAUCUGAACAUUCGAACGGUAAAAUGCAGGUUUAUAGCGGAUUGAUAUUGGAGAGAUAGCAUAACUAUUCGUGUUAAAGGUUUUCGGAUUCGCUAGUGUGUUGACACAUUGCACAAACUCGAUGUCUUAAAAAUUUCAGUUACUUUCUCGGCAACGAGCGUAGUGCAUCCAGAGACACUUAGUAAGUCCAAGAAGCAUAAAGAGCACAUUUAAAAUAACCAGAAAUAACAAACUUAUUAACUAAGUGGUCAACUAUACGGCACAAUUGACGAACACCAUCAGCCUAACUAUUAAGGUGUUAUAGAAGCGGAACUCUAGCAAUAUGUCUAGUUAGUUCUAAGCCUUAUAUACCUUGUGGUUACUUUAAGUUGGUAACAAAAUCUAUCAUUCCCAAUCAGGUUCAGGAAUAUCAUGUAUCCCAAAUUAUUUUCGUCGUCUAAAAUAUAGCCACAAUAAAUACAAACUUCCGCCAACAACCCUGAGUUGAAGGUCUUUCAGGGUGUUUCGGAAUAUCAGUAAUUUGUACUCGUUCUACAGAUUAGCGUCGAAGUGAACGCUGUCAACCUUUAGUCCUGCCAAACUAUCAUUAAACUAUUCUUUUGAUCUCGUUCUUGAUAGUAUUUAGGAUAGCAUCUCAUUAUGCUUCUUCUGCGUUUGUUUAUUACAAACGGUGGUGUUUUUAAUUCGUAUGUCAUUCGUAUAUCUUAUAUUUGGGAUUACAACGCUUGAUGCUUCCAACUGAUUCUGGAAUAGGUAAUGAAACUGAAAAGCAUUCAUCAGUCUUAAUGUACUGGGAAUAACAUAAUUAACGUCUAGUACACCACCCUGAUAUAAAUAACUCACUAUAUAGUGGUUCCCAUUUAGGGUGUAGGUGAGAAAGUAACAUUACUGUUCCUGAUUUUUUCAGGGAUUAGAAACGUUUAUUUGAGCCCGCUGCGUAUCCUUGUAUGACGCCAAGCUUAACCUUGAUCUUGAUGACUUCAGGCAAAUAUUUUACUAAAUACCAAUUCAAUUACAUUCACAGUUUCGUGCGCUUUACUGGGACGAACGAUUUAUUUAUUGAACCUACCUACUAAAUGGUGUUGUGGAUUUUUUUUAGAAAGUUCCUAGGUACUAUCAAUAUCUCCUCAGUUUCAAACGUAAAAUAAGAUCGGGAAUAAUUAUUAUAUUGUCGUGUGUAGUUGGCCUCCUAGUUAAUAAGUUUGUUAUUUCUGGUUAUUUUAAAUGUGCUCUUUAUGCUUCUUGGACUUACUAAGUGUCUCUGGAUGCACUACGCUCGUUGCCGAGAAAGUAACUGAAAUUUUUAAGACAUCGAGUUUGUGCAAUGUGUCAAUACACUAGCGAAUCCGAAAACCUUUAACACGAAUAGUUAUGCUAUCUCUCCAAUAUCAAUCCGCUAUAAACCUGCAUUUUACCGUUCGAAUUUUCAGAUCUUUGAGCAGUUAUAUAACCUUCUCUCCUCUUGGUUUUGUAACUUUAGUACCAUUAAUCAUAAUGAGAGAUUAUUCUAACUGAAGGACAUUGAAACUUUAUGUAGUUGACCGGAUUGUCACUUCACAUUUGAAUGUGCCCCAUUUUCCGGUUUCGGAUUUUACGCACACUAUAUUACCAAGCAGUCAAAAACAAUUCUAGUCCCAUAAUAUUCCAUGUGCCAUUUAUACUCAUUGUAUCUUUUCAUUGAAAAUUUUUUAAAUAACUAAAGAAAUUUUAUUUUCACACCGCUAUUGAUACAACAUUCAUUCACGUAUUAAUUCAUUUCAAAGGUUUCUACAAUUUUUAUGCGAACUAAUUGUCUAGAGAAGCGUGAAAUCAAAGGCAAAAUGAUGGUAAUGAGUAACUCAAUACUCAUUACCAUUUGUUGUUAAAAUGAGAUGUAUAUUGAUUUAAGGCCAGUAGAAAUUUCUCCAAGAAACGUACAGCUCUUCUCUCUUUUAGGUCCGUUGUAUGUAGGCUGAAGAUGCGCAUUUCUAACGAAACAAAAGUCGUUUUAAAUCUUGACGUUCUGGCACUAUCUGUUUUCAUUUCUGUAUGUAUGUCAUUCUUCAUAAGUGACCAGUUUGUUUACUACAGGUAAGACAGUACAAUUAGUGUAAGUUUUAUCUUUAAUAACUUACUGAUAUCCCGUCUUGUUACAUAGAUUUUCGUGUAUAUUCAUUCUUGGAAUUUUAGUGACCAGUUAUCAUCGUUCGUAUUCUUAUCAAUAUCAUUUCGUUUUUUGCUCAACAAGCUAACAACCAGAAGCGCAAUAAAAUGUUCACGUACUUAUUUCAUAAUUAUUGGAUGAUUCUCGGAGUCUCCGAGCCCUGUGUAUUAAUCUUUGAAAAAACGAAGAUUCGCUACCUGAUUUAUAUUCUACUUCAGUUUACGUUUUUGUUUAUCUACCAAGUAAACUGAUAUGUCAUAUGGCCCGUCGAAUAUCACGUGACAAAAUCAUCAAUCAAAAUGACUUGUAUGACGUUGUCCCUGUGCUAAACCAGUGAUGCGUCAACCAGCACGACCAGCCUUGAGUCAACUUUUAAUCCUUUUUGGUCUUCUGUGUGGUAGCACCUCGUCCACUCCCGCCUGGUUUAGUCCAGAACACAAACACCAGACUCUGUAUAUUUCGGACACUUGGUUUAUAUACAAGCAGACCAGAUCGCAUCACACUAUAAAAUGAAAGCGAAUUAUUAUACAAGUGUCAGAUGCUGUAACUAAAAAACUGGGAAUAACUUAAGAAUAGUAAAUCGUAUAAUAGUAGCCAAUUGGUCAAAUAUAGGCUUAUAAUAAGGGAAAUAUAGAUAUAAUCUGGUUAUUUAAUAUUUAUGCAAUAAGAAUAUAUGCACGUUAUAAUAACAGUCCAUAAAUAAUUUCUCGAAUUCGCCCAUAGUUUAAUCUUCGGACAUAGCAUGAACUACUAAAAUCGAUAAGUGAUGUGGAUCAGCUGAUAUGAGCUUGGUGCUAUAAUUUUAAUUUGGAUUGGAUUUGUAGCAGUAUCUGAGGCCUUUUACUGUACUGAUCGAUAAAUUUGGCUGUAUUUGUAACUGUUCGCAAGUAUGAUUCUGUGUUUUUUCGUUCUCUGGUUCCGAAUUUUUCUGAGGUGAAUUUACAAAAUACAUUCUGUCACCACCGAUGCAGCCUGAAACGUGGACCUGGAAAACAGGAUUACAGUUUCUCAAUUUUGUUUUUACGUUUUAUCAUAUGCACUACAUAUUUUUUUAAAUCCCAAGAAUAAUAUAAAUCUUUCGCAUUUGUAUGGAUGCAAAUUCAUUUCACUUUAUUAGCACCUAUAAACUGAAUUUGACUCAUGAUCUCAACUGUUGAAAUUACUACAAUCUCCACAAAACCCCUUCUGAUACGAAUCAACAUAUGCUCACUAGUGACUGGCUUCAAGAGUUAUAUCCUGGAGUUCUGGUGAGAAGCAAUGACCAGUGGAGUUCAACCAGGUCAUUUGUGAGAUAGUAACUCACUUAUGAUAAUGGUGGAUGUGUGGCUCAAUUUCGUGGAUUGGUUGAAGUUAGACAUUAACACCGUUGGAUGCCGGCUCAGUGGUCUAGUGGUUAAGCGCCUGGCGCGAGACUGAUAGGUCCUGGGUUCGAAUCCCGCGAGGCGGGGUCGUGGAUGCGCAUUGCUGAGGAGUCCCACGAUAGGACGAAACGGCCUUCCAGUGCUUCCAGGUUUUCCAUGGUGGUCUUGAUUCAAUUGACUCAUGAUCUCAAUUGUUGAAAUUACUACAAUCUCCACAAAACCCCUUCUGAUUUAUAAAUCACGCCAAUUUUUUAUUAACUGUAAAAGCAUUUCAUAUAAUCUACAUCGCACCAAAUAGUAAUGAAUUUCCUUGUAAAUGGUCAGAUUUCAGAUUAAAACGCAUUCAGUAAUUAUCAUAGUGAUGUUUAGACAUUAUUGUGCUCUUAUUUUUUUAAAAAUUGGUAUUACCUUUUACUUACUUACUUACGUCUGUUACUCCUAAUGGAGCAUAGGCCGCCGAACAGCAUUCUCCAACCCACCCUGUCCUGGGCCUUCUUUUCUAAUUCCAUCCAAUUCCCGUUCAUUUUUCUCAUGUCUAUCUCCAUUUCCCCGCGUAAUGUGUUCUUUGGUCUUCCUCUUUUCCUUUGGCCUUCAGGAUUCCAUGUGAGGGCUUGUCCUGUGACAAAGUCAGGGGCUUUCCUCAAUGUGUGUCCUAUCCACUUCCAGCGCUUCUUCCUAAUUUCUUCCUCCUCUGGGAUCUGGUUUGUUCUUUCCCACAGUUGGUUGUUGCUAAUAGUGUCCGGCCAACGGAUCCGAAGUAUUUUGCGUAGACAACUGUUAAUAAACACCUGUAUUUUCUGGAUGAUGGCUUUCGUAGUUCUCCAGGUUUCCGCCCCAUACAGUAGAACUGUCUUGACAUUUGUAUUGAAAAUCCUGACCUUGGUGUUGGUUGAUAGUUGCUUUGAGUUCCAGAUGUUCCUCAGUUGUAAAUAUGCUGCUCUUGCUUUGCCGAUCCGCGCCUUCACAUCUGCAUCAAAUCCAUCGUGUUCAUCAAUGAUGCUGCCCAGAUAUGUAAAGGCUUUUACAUCUUCCAAAUCUUCUCCGUCAAUUGUGAUUGGAUUGGUGCAUUCUGUGUUGUAUUGGAGAAUCCUGCUUUUCCCAUUGUGUAUAUUGAGACCUACUGCUGCUGAUACUGCUGCUACACUGGUCGUUUUCUCUUGCGUUUGUUGUUGCGUGUGCGAUAGAAGGGCCAGAUCAUCUGUGAAGUCUAGAUCGUCCAGCUGCAUUCAAGCUGUCAACUGUAUCCCAUACUUCCCCUCAGAUGUUGACGUCUUCAUGAUACAGUCGAUCACCAGGAGAAAGAGAAAGGGUGAGAGUAAGCAACCUUGCCUAACACCGGUCUUCACUUCGAACGACUUUGUCAACUGUCCUCCAUGCACGAUUUUGCAGUGUAAUCCAUCAUAUGAACUCUCUAUGAUAUUGACUAUCUUCUGAGGCACGCCGUAGUGUCGAAGAAGUUUCCAUAGUGUUGUUACCUUUUAGGCCUUAUAUAUUUUAUUUGAAUUUCCUAGGUCGUUUAAUGACAAGAUACAUUGUUAAACAAUCGGUGACAUAAAAUUAAAGAAAUAACUUAGGCUUUCGUCCUACAUGAAAAAUAAAAUUCACGUAUUAAAUCUUCAUGUUUCAUUGAUUUUCUAAGGUGUAUCGAGUUCUGAUGAUCUUGCUUUCUGUGUUACUGGCAUCAGACACACAAAACAGUCAACAAUGUAGUGAUCAAUGAACAAAAUAAUGUUAUAUCGUUAGUGAUAAGGCCUUGGUACUAGAGACUGACUUUUGACAUCCUGUCUGGAUCACCUCAAUAUAGUCAUUUUGUCACAAGUUAUAUAAAGUAAAUGGCUUGUUGCUAGCAGUGAAACCCAGGACGCAUGUUUCACCCUAUCUGGGACUCGUCAGUUGGAUCCACUUUCAAACCCCUGCUUAUAUUUACCCGAGGGCUUUAAUCCAUCGCCUUUCCUUUUGAACAUCUAGCUUUUUAUUCACUGAGCUACUGACUCCAGAUGACUAUUAAAUUGUUUAAUGUGUAUGAUAUUUAGAUCAAUAGUAGCAAGGGUUUGAAUUAUACGCUUUUUGAUAUUAAGGAAGACACUAUUUAAACUAUUAUGACCGUGAUAUGCAUAUACAAGCCUACCUUAUAGACUUGAUAGUAAUGAAAAGUUUGAAUUAACGUCGUUUUGUCAGUAAAAUUAAUAGUUGUACGGAAAAGUGUUAUUAGUCAGAUUUUAAAAUUAGGUACAUUCAUCUGUUAUUACUGUGCUCAGUCUGUUUAGUCUGAAACUUUCUUGCGCUGGGAUAGUUUACUAGAAACACAUUACUUCAUGAACGUAAAAUAAAGUUUCAUUUAAUAAUGAAUUAAAGGAAUUCGGCGAGAAUUUUCCUUUAAAAUUAUAUUGCUCUAUUCUUUAAGAGCUAGUUCAUACUAUCUUUAUAAACUGACUGGAUUAUACAUCUUAUGCUUGUAAAUAUGAUCUAAAUACUCUUGAACGUUUAUGGAUAUCUGUAAAUCAACUUAAAUCUAGACGUUCGUAUUAUUUUAUAGUUUUUUUUAAAUUAAUUUUCGUAUGAUUUAGUAUGUUUUCAGAAAAAAAACAUAAGUGAACAAUAUUGUUUACAAUUAGACGUUCAUUAGGCCUUGAUAUACGAUAAUAUUUACGUGGAUAUAUGAGAAUAUUAAAUUAAUCAAGGCAGUUUAAAUAAAUGAUUAGUAGAAAGUACUGAUUUACAGUCUAAUAGCAUGUAACUAAUCGUGAUGAGAUUUAUUUCACUUCAAUUAAUAUUUGCCAUCAAUUUUUAAUUUACAUUCUAAAUAGAGGACUUGAUGUACAUUAAAUCGAACAUGGGAAUUAAAAUACUUCUGUUUUGAUUCAGUCACAUAUCAUUUGGAUCAUGUAUUAAAUCAUAUUAUUUCACUAGAUCCAUAGUCUUCAACGCGAUUUGGUUUAACUGCUGUAUCUAUUAGAAAAACGAUGACAACUUUUAACUAGUAUUGUAAACUAGAUGAAAUGUGGCUAGCAGCGGAAUCCAGGACACCUUUUACGUUCUAUUUAGGAUUCGUCAGCUGAAUAUACUUGAAUCUCAGAGUUGAUGCUCUGGAUCUCGAACCUAGUACCGUUCGCUUCAAAAGCCAACGUGUUAUCCAAACCAUUAAAAAUUGAGUUAAUAUUGUCAAUAUUGAGAUAUGCUUUAUGUAGAUUUUAAGCUGUUUGUUUUAUCCUAUUGUUUAUUUUUUUACAGUUGUCUGUCUGAACAAGGAAUUGAUUAUUGGUUGGUAAAUAAAAGUGACAUGUGAGUCUGAAUAUGAAUAAUAAAAAAUGCACAAUGGGGUAUUUUCAGAGCAUUUCCCAAGAGUUCACGUGAUUGAUCUUGAUAUCCUCUCAUUAUAUCGCAAAUUGACUGAUGUUAAAAGAUGAAAACUAAUGAGAUUUAAUUUACCUCUGGAUAUUAAUGUAAUUUUCACGAUAGCUGAAAUCCUGUGGGAUAUCCUCUUUGAAAAUGGCUUAACGAAAGCGCUUUUGAGUCAUCCUAAAUAAAGACUAGACAGUUGUUUUGUGGUCUCUGUUUUUUAAAGACACUUCAGCCUAUACAAUCUUGUGAUGAAGAUUCCCACUCUGACUGUAGCACUUGCAUCCAACAUGUGUUUAAUCACCCUGAACAAUUAUCUUUCCUCAAAACAUGGUGUAUAGAUAACAAAUAUUUUUUUCAGUAUCUUGAUAAUAAACUCAUCUAUUAGAUAUAUUGUUAGCGGGACAUAGACUGGAUUAAAGCAUGCUCAAUGCAUGAUUGCUUUGGUGCACGCUGAUUGGCUAAUUCUUAUCCAAUCAGCACUAGUCGAUAGUCGGAGAAUACUCUGGAAUCUUCUUAUGUAAAAACUAUAAAUAUACUGACAUUUUCUCUAUUGUGCUUCUGGCGUGCUUCUUACUUCCAUCUAACCUUGUUAUUUGGAAUAUAAUCUCUUCCUGUUCAACCGUGUUCUGAUUUGGGGACUUGUCGAGUGAAUCGGUGUCCGAGAAUACUAAGCAAUAGGAAUAGCUGGGUCAUAACCGUAAGAAGAAAGAGAUUAUAACAUAUAUCCAUGUUCAAAAUUUUUCUUAUCAGUGUAACAUCAUACUAUUCUUAUCUACCAGUAAUAUGGUUGACAUAUCUUCAUAAUGAUAAAUCAUUGUUCUUCUUAACCGUAUAGUACCGCUCAGAGACUCAUUAGUUUCUAGAUUCUCAAGGUCACUGUCGAAAUCUCUUUUUGGCCAACAGAGGUAAAAUAUGUGGAAAACAUGUGGCAUGAUGGUUGUAUCAAGAUAAUAUGUACAAGGUAUAUAAAUCCCAAAAACACUGAUCACAUUUCAGUUAAAAUAUCAACAACGAAAUGAUCCAAACUGUUACACCCAAGGACGCUUUUGUAAACAUGCACUAACGAAGUAUGGCGUUGAAUUCAUUUUUAUUCUGAUCAUAAAAAUAGAUAGGCUCUUUUCAUUAAUACCUUGGAUUUGUUUCAUGUUUUGAAUUUCAAUAUCAGCAAUUCUGCACUUGUCGCAAAACUUAUGAAAAUCUAAUUCAUACAUUUAGCUACUUAUUUCGUCAUAUACUUUUUAAAACUCAUUAGUCAGCAGACUUAAAUGUCAUCAACAUAGAGAUUGGUGCAGAUAUGGACUGACCAAGCUACCAUGCUAGAUUAACGCGAUGAGGUAAAGCUAGCAAAAUAGAUCAAAAUAAUAUAGUAUCGAUAGUAAAAAGAAAGUGUGAGCGUUUGUAACAUAGUUUUAAAAGACAAUGGAAAGGUAUGUAUAAAGAGAUACUGAAAUUUAAGAUCAAGAGGAAUAUAAAAAGUGAAUGCAUUUACAUCAUUGUGAUUGAUUCUGAACUUUGUCGUCCAUUCUUUAUCUGUUGAUCGUGAAUAACACGCGGACCUCAACGAGGUAGUCUGCAUCUACUAACAUGGAUCAUACAAAUACUACAUAAUUAUGUGAACUGAUGUCACGUUUUGUCUUGCUGGCUUUAGCUUAACUCAUCGUGGUAGAUGGCAGUUAAAUAAAUGUUUCAUCUUCAGUUGAUGGUGAUCCACUGCCUCAUCAACCUUUAGUAAGUAAGCUAUGCCCAACCUCAACAUUUCUCACUCGGUCAUUCCAAAAAUGCGAGCAAUGCUUUAAAAAUACCUAUGGUCAAGUACCUUCCGUCCGUGCAUGUUUUCUGCCUUCAUAGACCAUGUUUCACAGCCGUAAAGUAGAAUCGAGCAAACUGCUGAACAGUAUACACGCUCCCCCGUUGUGAGAUGAUUAUCUCGCCUACUCCAUUACAUAAAGUCACGAAACGCCAGAAAUACAAUUUGUCUACUCAUUGGGAUAUAACAAAAAAUGUAUUUAUUACUAAAAGCUUUUACUGGAUUUUCCAGGAAUCUUCCAGAGAAAUACUUUCAUGUUUGACACAAAAUCAGUGGUACGAUUUUGAUUUAUUUGGAUUGUUUUUAGUACGGAUGGACUGCAAGCUGCACAAAAGAAAGCUGCUUUUAUACAGUCUCUUAAAAAUUUUCUGGGUAUUGGGACUGGAAUUUUCUCAACACUAAUCAUUGGUUACCUAUCAGAUAAUUAUGGUCGGCAAUUGACGUUGGGAAUUAUAAUAUUAGGAGAAGCUUUACGAAUUUUAGCUCUUGGUAGGUUAUACAAUAAAUCUCUUAAAUUAUUUUUCUUUAUUUUGUUACAGAUUGGGUCGUGCAUGAAUUUACUAGAAGUCAUUGCCUAUUUCAGUGAUGUUACAGCAUGUAGACAUUCGAAACAUACUAUGAUUAGUUUUCAGUGAACCUAUGUUUAAAUCUGUCAAAGCAGACUUUCUAUUGGUAAAAUUACCUUACGCUUAUCAGUAGUAUAUUGUGAACUAAGUGAACUAAACCACUUCAAAGUUAAUUAGUUAUCCUUUUCAUAUAUUCAUGUCCACACACGGUUUGUAAGUUAGGGUUGCUGAAAAUAUACCAAAAUAGCUAUAGAAACAAAUGAAUUCAACCGACCCAUUUAGAGCAGAUUGAUCUUGACUCGGCCUUUGUGCUUUCGUAUAAAAAUUGUCUGGGUCGGGUACUUAGGUUUGUUGAUGAUCUAACUGUAUGGGAUUUCAAACCCCUCUUGUGUGUUCAAAAACAAUGUGCACUCACAUCGAAACUGCUCUGGUAAUAUUGAUUUAUUAUUCAAUAGUGUGAUUCACAUUGGUUUCCUUAUUAUCUUCGUUUUUCUCCUAUCUUUUGAUUUGUCUAGUUAGUGUUUAUUUGUCGUACAUAAAUGCUUUAACGUGUAUAUAUGUGAUUAGAUCGUUCUAAAUGUAUUGCUCAUAUAUAUCACAUAUUUCUGAUAAGCAUCACCUCUUGAUUGUAUAAGUAAAUUAAACAGUUAACCUACCACUUUACUACCGUCAUUGAAAAUUGCUAACUUAGGUGUGCAAUACUUUGAUAUUCAAAAUACCAUGGUGUCCUACAAUGCUAAUUGUUUGGAUUAAUUUUCACACUAAUUUAAUUCUUCAAAUGUAUUAUUCAGGAAAAUCUGGAAUCUUUUUAGACUGAAUAUAUCAUGCAACAGUUUGAUUAAAAUUUCAAAAGAUUGGAAUAACUGACUAAUCUGUAAAAAAACACUUCCUUUUUUCCCAGCAAUUAACAAGAAUCUUUAACAUCUUUAUAAUUAAGGUGAAUAAUCUUAACACCAAUUAUCGUAACAAAUCAAACGAAGUUGACUUAUUAUCGUCACCUAGUUCAAAUUAAUUCAAGGUACGGAUUGGAGAACUUUCCAAAUCUACCAUAUGUGUUUAAUUAUGCAUACAGUUGUUGGGGCCCGUAUACGUUUACAAGUACCUUAGAGAUAUAGUCAUUUAAUUGCUUUCGGAACGAAAAUCUCUUUAUUAGUAAUGAAAUAAAAGGACUAAUAGUAUAUUGCGAUUAAGUGGAAAGAAAAAAAAUUCACAAUCGUACACAAGCAAUUACAACACAAUAAGUCACACAAGCUAACAGUCAAAGUCGGGACAUUUCUAACAUAACCAUUCGAGCCUAAAGAAGAGGAUGUGCCAUUCAGAAUGCAUCACUGAUGGCACUAGUGUUAAAGGACCAUCAUUUUUGUCUAACUUACAGACUACCACAUUUUGACCUUAUGUUUAUCGUACAUUAGACAUUUAACAACCAGUUUUUUUUUAUAAUCAUUCAAUACUUAGUGAAAAUUGUUCACUUACCUUCCGUUUGUUAUUAUUAAUGGCUUUAUUCAGUAUUAUAUGCUUAGUAGAAUAUAGAAUUCUCAGGAAAAGGUAUUUUAACAGGUUCCUUUUACAACAAAAGGUGAUAACUGGAUACACAUAAAUAUAAAUUAAGUAAAUAAACUACUGAGAAUUAAAUGAAAUGCUUUUUAUUAAGAUUGAGAUCUGCACAACUUUUUAAUUAGAAACAUGUUUAAGAAUACAAGUUAUUGACUAGCUGAACUCUAACAACUUGUUUAUCACAGUAUAUUUGCUAGAUAAGGCAUUGUAGAGCUUUUAUGCCUUUGUUUGAGUGCAUCGACUGUAAUGCAUUUUUGCGCCUUGUUUUACUAGGAGGUAUACAAGGAGAACGAUAUGAAUAAAGUGGGUGGUUACUAUUUGAUAACACUUCUUAGGGGUUUGCAAGGUUUUAAAUAUCUAUCCGUAACCAUAUUAAUAAUGACUUAAAACGAUUCACACACUUUGCUAACUGCCUUCCGCACUCCCCGCAAUACACUGAAAUCUUUUCUCAAAAACCUGGGAAAGUAUAAUCGGGAGCAGUAUAAAAAUAAUAUUAUGCAGGUACUAAGAAAUCGCAAAAGUAAAUGCAGCCCCUUUAUAUAAUAAGUCAGAUGGCAAACUUUCUUCGAUAACUAAAACAUAAGAAGAACAAGAAAGACCAGAGGAAAAAUUCACACCAAGAUAAAUGACCAUUGACACGGUUUUCACUACAGAAUCUCUAGCAGUGAAAGCGUUAUAGGAUUCCAAAGGGGUGUUUGAGUGCUGUUCGUGCCCCAGAAUAAAUUUAACACUUUGACAUUCAGAAGGGUUAAGUGUGCGAUCACCGACAACAGGUUAUCGUUCAACAAGAGACAAGAACUCAUUCAUUCCAAGUGGAUGUGGAGAGGUAGAUAUCGAGAUCGUCCGCAUAUUCAACAAAAGUGCUUCCUGUGGGAAAUAGCAGGUCAUGCAGGAAAACAGAGAAAGGAACAGGGUAAAGAAAUGCUCCUCGUGGAACACCUUCAUGAAUUAGUAGAGAUGUUGAACACUUUUCUCCAAACACAGUGUACUGUUCUCUUCCAGAGAGAUAGAAACACAGCCAGUUGGUUAUCCAGCUUUCAGUGUUGAUUUUGACAAACUUGUUAAGUACUAGUUGUCAUGGCAUAGGGUCAAAGGCAGAAGUAUGGUCUAGAAAUGCGCACCGAACAUCUUUCUUACCCUUUUUCAACUAUAUUGUAUUGAAAGACAACAACAGCAUCUGUGUCACUCUUUUGCAAUCAGCAUUCUCACUCAUCCUCAUAUGAAGAAAUCUAACAAUAUAAGUUAUACGUAAUUAUAUUUGACCGGCUCCUCUUAUUACUUAUUUUUCUAUGCCUGUUAAAGGUAUUAUCGUAUUUUUCAAUUUUUCUCCCUGGAGUUUGAUUGUAUCUGAAUUAUUAGAAGGAUCUAUUGGCGGUGGAUUGUUAUCAAUUUCAGCACAAUUAUUUGCUUGUAUAGCUGAUCUAACCCAAAAAUCACCUAAUGAAAUAGUAGUAAUAUCCAAUGAAAAUAUGGAUUCAGUAACUCAGGCAAAAAGAUUAGUAAAAAAACGUUGGCUUUUAUUUACUUUACUCGAUGGUGCAAUCACUUGUGGUAUGGCAUUUGCAAAUGCACUAACAGGUUUCAUGAUUCAACAUUAUCGUUUCUACAUAACAAUGAUAACUUGUAUAGCCUUUCUUAUUCCUUCAGUAAUUACUUUAUUUCUCGUACCUGAAACAAGUGUGAAGACAAUACAAGUUGAACAGACAGAAGAUAUUGAAAAUUCAUCCAAUGAAUUAUGCAUUACAGCUCCAGCAGUUCAUAAUGAAACUAGUAAGCAUCAAGAGUCCUCUAGUAAUUAUUCAGUCCACGUACAAUCUGAAAAUAGCUGUAUGAAUAAGCUACGAAUUAUAUCAAAACUACCUCGUACUCAUAUAGUAAUAAUUAUCAUUAUUUUCAUGUUUUCCAUCUCUGGUGUGACGGAUACACAAUAUUUAUUUCUUUACUUAAUGAGUGGUCCUUUUAUGUGGGAUGCACAAGUAGUUGGUUUAUUCACGUAAGUUUACGUGUACUGGAGUGUAUUUCAGUUUUUAAUCUAGUGUUUGGUAACUUUAGGAAACUGAUUUUCUAAGCAUUGUGAUUCAUAAAUUAUAUGUCUAUAUCCUAUUAGUCAUUUCAGCGAUACGAACUUCAUCAGUCAAAACGAUUUGUCAUUUUUGCUCUGUUUUACUUUCCUCACAUGUGCUUAAAGCUCUUGUUCAAUCACUGAUGGUUUUAGACCAGGCUUUACAACCAGUAUUGACGUCAGAUGUUUUGCAGUGAUAGUUUACUGUAUACUAAUUCUAAAUGUAUACCUUUUUCGUAUAGCAGUUUCUUUCAUACAACUAAAGCCCUGUAGUUGCGAAAGUUUUGUUUCAAUUGAAAUAUGGGUUUUUUUUGGGGGGGGGAGGUUUAUUUUCGAGGGUCUCAAAUUUAAACUUUAUUUAAUUAAGAAAUGAAUCUCAAAGUAAAAAUAUGACAGAAAAUCAACCAAGUAAAUGCCUAAUUUCUUAGUUGUCUGUUUUGUUAUUUCCAGUUUGAUAAAUAAUAAUGUAAAGUGAAUUCAUCUAAUAUACGAAAGAAAGGAGCACUAGGUUUUAUUGUCAUCUAAAUGCUCAUAAUGCAAUACGUUCAGUAGUGGUGUUUAUGUUUCCCGAAGACUCAUCUCAUGUAUUUGUAUCUUUCGUAUAUUGGUUUUAUUUGACGCCCCAAAUAUAUUGUUCUUUCCCCCCUCAAACCCCAUCAUCGAGUAAAGUUAAAUACCUACAUUUUUCUAUCAUUUUGAAAUCACACCUAUCACAUAAGAUAUAUAUUUUGCAGUCCAGAUUUAAUUCAUGGCAAAAUGAGGCUUUUCAGCACAAUUUUCAUGGAUCCGAAAACGAAUUCUUUAUCAAUGUUAUAAUUCUCUCUUAUUACAACCCAGCUAUUCCUAUUUCUUAUUAUUUUUGGACACCAAUUCACUCGACAACUUCCUAAAUGAGAACACGGUUGAACAGGAAGGAAAUUAUAUUCCAACUAAUAAGGGUAGAUGGAAGUAAGAAGCAUAAUAAAAUAAACGUUAGUAUAUUUAUAGUUUUAACAUGAAAAGAUUCUAGAGUCUUAUUGGAUAAAUGAUAUUCAAGUAAUCAACAGUUUAGCUAGAGUCUGUCAUAUGGUCUAGUGGUCAUAACGGUGUAGUGAACAAGAACACGAGUGGGGACAAUCGAAUAUAUUUGACACGCAAUUACAGAGCAUCUCACAAAAAUCUGAGAACCAUUUAGUAAAUAGUUAAUUUGCAAAAUAUCAAUCCAUCGUCUCAAACUUGACUGUUAUAUUUGCAAACAUCAGUCCAUUGUCUCAGAUUUCAUUGCUCAUGCAUUUUCACACCAAUUGCGUCCCGUUCUCGUUCUUUCCUGCUCGAUCUUCUACUGAAAUACAUUCUGUGCCUGACAACCGUUAUAUACUGCUUGUGUGGAUAUAAGUAACCCACACCACAACGGUACAAAGAAAUAUGCGAAUUGCUACUGUUCUAAUAACAUUGUCUGUUAAGUAAGUUAAUAAAAGGGCUUAACCAAAAUUAACCAUAAUCAAAAUUGGUUGUAGAAUAGUUGUUAUAAUAUGACUUAAAACAGUUGUGAAAUACUUUUGUAUAAUGUUGAGAUAGUUUGUUAAUUUUGUUAGCAUGGUGUUCAACCUAUCCACUACUCAGUUGUGUUUAGAUUGUAUAUAACAAGUAAAACAAUUUCAUUCCUAUGUCCUAAUUCUAAAACCUUAAUUCUGAAAAAAAACUUAGUCCAAUGGUACUGUAUUUCAUGGACGAACUAACUAGAUCUAAAAUAGCGCUUCUUUGGAUUUUUGAGUGAAAUUCAUUCAUCCAUAUGACUACAUAAAACUUUAGCAUUAUGGUUGGUAUUCGUUCGUGACAGAAAGAAUAUGGGGACUCUUAAAAAUCUGUUUUUAUUUUUGAGAAAACGAAGAAUCUGUAUCCAUACGGCCAAAUAUAAAUGUCGUCGUUUGUUCGAUUUACAGAGAGUAACCUGUAUAAGAUGUUAAUAGAUUCAUUCAUUCAUUCAUAUGUAAAAUCUAUGUACACUCUCGUAGUAUUAUUGUUUCCUUUUCCAUGAACUAUCCAUUUACAAAAGAUGAUUUCUGAUUAGCUAAAACCUGGAUAAAAAUUCAUUUUGAUUAUCUAAGCUCAUCCCUUUGCUAUACCCUCAUCAUAUUUCCUUCAUCUUCAUUAUUCUAUAUAAGAUAGUGAGUACAUCUAAUUGUUCCUUUAUUUAGAAUUCAAACAUUUGGUCCUUCAAAUUUUCUGUUUAAAUAUGUGGUAGAUGUUUCAGGAGAAUGAAAACUUUCAUUCGAAAAUUCAUUCUUAGAUUUAGUACAGUCCCUUUUUGCUAGUAUAAUGCGAAGAUGGAGUUCAUUUGAAAAAUGAUAUGUAUUUGCACCAUAUAUUUCGAACAAUCUGACCAUACUUAUACUUGUCAAGGCAUUUUUACACAUGAAAACUAAUAAAGGUCAAUUACAUGAAAGGUUGAAUAAAUAUAACUGUUGAUUAAAAAUAUAAGACGGAAAAAUAAUAUUUAAACGCAAAGAAUGUUUAAACAAACAAUUUUCAUCAAUAACUUCAUCGUCAAGCUCUACAGCUAUAUAUCCAUAAUUAUUGUGUUAGAAUGGUCAAAAUGAGUAGUAUAUAAAUGCAAUUAAGAUAAGAGAUUCAUAGGAAUUGAGUAGAUUGAAUGUUCAAAUCAAUCAUGAGACGGCAGAGAUUCAAGGUAAGCGUCUGUUAUAUCCUUUAAGUAUAGGAUGACACAUUCGUAGCCCAUGGUAGAUAGGGUAGUCGAUUGUGCACCUCUUUUCGAUACAAAAGUUUGAUUUUUUGGAGACAAUUUCGAUGAAAUCCGUUAUUUAUGAGAACUGUAAUUUUACUCGUUUAAUUAGACAAAUCAGGACUUGAUACAAAACCGAGAAAAUUUCAUCUAUUUCGGUAUCUAUUAAGUGAAAAAGUAUGGCUCUGUUGGUUGAUUUCGUGAUUCUUUUUCUAGCCAUACUGGUACUUGUUCACAACCACAUCUGGUUUUUAAACCUAGAUGGAAUCAUGGGCUUCUUUGUUUCAGUUGCAUUCAAUUUUGCAGCAUUUUAUAUUUUUACAAUGACUGUUUUUGUUUCGAAAUUGUGCUAUUUGAUUCUCCUCUAUAAGGUGAUGCAAUGUAAACCUUUUUUCAAUAUUGGACGAUGAAGGGGUCUCGGUUUUAUUAGACUUUUACACGGAUUGGUAAAUUUCACUUUUGUUUCUAUCAUCGGUUUUAAAUCCCCUUCAAUCGUACCCAUGCUGUAAAUCCAUAUCAUUACUAGCUUUUCUCAAUGUACUCUGUUUUGCGCUCACCUUUAGUGGAGGAUGCCGUUCCUACUCACUGCCUUCUCUCGGCAGAAGUGUUGUUUACGAAGUUGAGAGGACGAGAAGCGAGUGUUCAGCCCCGAGACCGGGUUGUUGCAUACGGGGUAUCCACUUAGAAGUGUAGAACAACCCUGAUUCCAAACCAAUGGUGCACAUGGAUUCCAGAAUCUUAAGGGGACAAACAGGGUUUGAACUUGUUCUUGAUUUUCGGCCACCAUGAAGUCGCAUUUCUUAAUGUUGUUCCACUGCUUUUAGGUCAAAGGCGCGGUGAGUGGUCACCUAAGAAAACUGACUGUUUCCGUUUGAGCAACCGAGCAAGUAUCACAGUCGCCCCUCCCCAUGGAUUUUGUGUGGCACGCAUAUAUUCUAAUGCCCUUUUGUACCAACGUUUAUGUCCUUAUAUAAAUAAAUAAUUGUGAAGGAUAUGGUGUUCUACAGAGAUUAUAGUUCACUUUUGCUGAUUAUUGUCAAUAAACAGAAAAUUUUACUUUUUACCAGAAAAUAUUAACUUUUAAUAUUUCUGAGUAUUAUUAUAUUGAUAGUUACACUUGUAUUAUAACUUAUACCUCAAAAUAUGUUCUUUUUUUGUUCAGAGGUUUAAGAGAUGUAUGCUGCACAUUUGUAUCUGUAUUAUGUGUCAGUACGAUGGUCAAGUUUCGUAAAGAUCAACCAACUAAUCAUGUUGAAGUAGUAUCAAUAUCAAAUAGAAUGAAUACAACAUUAUUUGGUCGUUUAAAAUCUGUGGAUCAAAUUCUUCUCAUUAUGUUGGUAUUUUUUGGAUUUAUAAUUUUUUCUAUUUAUCAAAUCAUUAUGGGCAUAGCUUGUACAUUCACUGUUCCAACAGCAAAUAUUCUGGUUUAUUUCGCUACAAUUCCAAGAUUUGUUAAAGGUUUUCAAAUAUCCAUACUUCGAACUAUUAUAUCAAAAUGGACAGAAGUCUCUAAACAAGGUAUGGUAAUGUCUGUUAUUGCAGUAAUGGAACGCCUUGGGCUUUUGAUCAGUCUUGUAGCUCUACCAGUUAUAUACGCUGCAACAGUUAGCACUUUCAAAGGAUCGGUAUUUUUCGUUUGCGCCUCUUUUACAAUUUUGGAAGCUUUAAUAGUCUUAAUUUUACCAGUAUAUGCUCCAAACAAAUUGUCACUGGAAUCGUAAUCAGUUAAUUAUUGGUAAUAUAAUCUGUUAUGUCAUUGAACUUAAAGAAGAAGAAAAAAGACAGGAAUCCAGACUUUAUUAAAAAUAUAAUCAACUCAUUUAUUUAUUUAUUUACUUAUAAGAAAUCAUUUAUAUUUUCAGAACAUUUGUUACAUUUCUACAAUAAAUCACGAUGUAUUGGUGACACUGAUAAAAGGACUGCAAACACCGUUGUUCGGUUUUAGUUUGAAACUCGUUAGCAUUAUAUAGAUUAAAAAUAUUGCUUAACCAAAUAUCAUUUGACCAUUAGUCUAUAUUUUCUAACUUUACAUAGCAUGAUUUCGUUGACAGACAUCCGUUCAACCUCUGAUAUAACUGACUAUAUAGAUCACACUACUUCUUAAUAUAUCUUCAGAAGGAAGCAUUUGAGAUAAAUAAUUGUUGGUGUUUGUGAGAACCUUUUUGGUUUUAAAAUAAUUUUUCUCACAGAAUGAUUGUGAUACCUUGUGUGUACAAUUAGGAACUAGAAGUGUAAUCCAUGACUAACGUUUGAUAAUAUUUAGGAGUCAUCAGCUGGAUAUACUUGCAUCCCGGUGUUGAUAUUCAUAUUGAGACCCGAACACAGUAUCUUUAGCCUUAAUCAUCAAGUAAACAACUCAUUGGAGUCUGAAGGGAAAGGUACUGGGUCCGAUUCCUAGUAUAGAUAUAAACACUGGGAUGUAUAGUCAUCAUAAUGUUUCUUUCAUAGAUAGAGGUUCCUACUCAGGAAAAGUUUACCUUAAUACAGUUAAAUUAAAUAAUAAUUCAAGUUUUUUUUUGCUGUUAGGCAAAGUAUAAAUAAAAUCCAAUAUAUUAAAUUGCUUCUAACAUUCAUACCUCCUAUUAUUAUUGUGAUCUACGUCUUCACUUACAUCUUGAAAAAAAUUGAUUGUGCUUAUCACAUGUGUAUGGAAUCUGUUUAUAACAAAGUUUUUUUUCCGUUUAAAAAUAUUUUUCUUGCGGUUUGAUUUGUCAUUUUUGUUUUAAUUAUAAUUUACGUGUUUUGUAAGAAUUUGUGUUUGAAAUUUGUUAUCGUUAAAUAAAUCAUUAAUUUAGCGAUAUUCAGAAAAUCGUCUGACAAUGUUCGAAUUAAUAGUAAUUAUUAAUAUCUAUACAUUUGUCAUCAUAACAUAAUCUGUAGGUUAAUUCUCUUGAAAACGUUUUGUUCAUAGACGAUUGUUUAGUAUCAUAUAUGAUCUAACAUACUAUUGUAACGUUAAAAUGCCUUAAAAAUUGUCUUCGAGAAAAUCAUUUUGAUCUAACGAAUGAAUGGAAUCGAACAAAAGUAAUUAUAGGUAUAAUUAACUUUUGAUGUUGUACACUGUUUUACAGCAUCGAUUAAUGGAUUACAAUUUACAGUUCAUGUUCUAAGUUACUGUAUUGAAGUAAAUUUUAAUUCAGAUCAUUGUACUUUUACAGUGUGACUUGCCACAUACUCAAGACACAUACAGUAAUUCAUUCCAGUGAGUAGCACCGUGUUUUAUAAGCAAACUUACUAAAAGUAAUAGGCAACCAUAUUUCUGAAGUUUUAUUUUCAUAGAACCGAUUAGUUUAUUACAAUAUUCAAGAUUUUUCACUUAAGUCAGUCGGUAAAGAUUAUCUAUUAAUAAUGAUUCGAAAACUGAAUAGAAUCACCUAAAUCUAUAAAUCUAGGGAAACUAUAUUGUUCCACGCUAUUGUAUACAAUUUGUUGAUGGAAUUUUCUAAGUGAUGGAUUGAAAAAGGAUACACUUGUUCGUACAUACUUUAUACUGUAUGCACUGUUAUGCAUAAUUCCUAUUUUGAAUGCAACUUAUUAUUUUACCACAAACGGGUAUAAAUCGAAAUUAGUACUAGAGUUGUUGUUCCCUCAUUUACUAGCAAUUUGUAAUUGCAGUCUUAAGAUAAUCGAUGUUUCCUUCGGGGUCAUAAAUUAUUUUAUGGAGUUCUUUCGAUAUCCAGAAAUAAAAUAAAACAUGAUAUCAAUCAAUUGAUACUCGGUGACCGAUUAUUGUGAAUAUCUUCGUCUUACACGAAAUCUUGCGCGGUCCUUGUAGCUUACUGGUUAGCUCUUUGACUAUGAUCAUGAACGACUCAGUUCAAUUCACCACCGAAUCAUGGAGUUCUUCGAAAUUAUAAAUAAGCAUUAACUAAAGAGUCAAGUCCAUCACGAAACUUAAGUUUAGUACUUCCUAUUGGUUGCUUACAAUCACUUGAAACAUGAAAGCACACUAUACAG